ACCACAGUGUUGGUACCAAACAACAAAUUCAUAUUUACUGACAAUAAUAAAAAUAAACUAAGCUAAAACUAUGGAAAAUUAUGAGACUGCAUAUAAAUAUAUUUGUCGAGUGUGUCUGUCGUACAGAGAUGGCGAAAAAUUUGUGUCUCUCAUUGACAAUUCCUGUGAUAAUGGCUUAACUUGUUAUGGCAAAGCUGUACUAAAUUUCGCUAAUAUUUCAUUAAAACAUAACUAUAAUUUACCCAAUGUUAUGUGUCAAAACUGUUUAUUAUUACUGAAACAUGCUAUUUAUUUCAAAUUAAAGUGUGAAUCCAGUGAAAAACGUCUUCUACAAUUAACGAAGAAAACUGCCAACAAAGAUUUAUGUGAAGAAAAUUUAAAAGAAAUUAUUGUACAAUACGCGAUGUAUACCCAAUAUUUUCCUUCUGAGAACACAGAAGAGUCAUCUAGCACUUAUAUUGGGGAAAAUAUUGAAGAGGAAUUUGAAGUUGGCCCCUAUCUUGAGACAAAUGACUAUUGUAGUUUAAGUGAUGGUGAUAAAGGCACGAGCAGGGACAGCGACGAUGAUUUAUUGGAUGAAUUAGAAGAAAUGUCUGAUAAAUUUACCAUUUUACAUAAACAAUAUGUCAAAAGACCAUUAAAAAGUAAAAAUUUGUUGAGACGAAAUAAAAUGAAGAUUAAUAAAUUGAAAAAACUGCAACUCGUUCGGAGACGUUUGCAAGAGAGAAGAAGAAUGGAUCAGAAAGUUCCGAGAACUACAGAAAAGUUAGUUUGUAAGAUCUGUCAAAAGAUAUUAGCAAAUCCACAUACGUACAAUCAUCAUAUGCAACGGCACAACGGAUGUAGAUAUAUAUGUGAGCAUUGUGGAAAAGGUUUUCCUGUACUACUCGAGUUACAAAUGCACCAGGUCGCUCGGCAUGGUACUGGACCGUACCUGCAAUGUCAACAUUGCACAUAUAAGGCACCGAGAAAAAUAAAUUUGAUUGAACAUGAAAGAUUGCACACUGGUGAACGACCGUACACAUGUGAUAAAUGCGGUCUCACAUUCCGUAGACGUGCGAUCUGGCGGAAACAUAUGGUCUACCACACCGAGAAAUCAGUACAAUGCCCGCAGUGUCCUAAAAAGUUUUUUCGUCGCAGUGAAAUGUUGGCACAUGCAAACAACAUGCACGAGAGGAUAUAUAUGUAUUUAUGUCAUAAAUGUGAUGCGACUUAUGCUAAGCCUGCAACAGUGAGACGUCAUUUGACCGAGCGACAUGGUAUACCGAGGGAAAUGCAGGGAAAGAUAGUACGAAUUAAUAAAGGUAGAAACACUCGUUUUCCUGAACAAUAAUGUGAAGAAUUACCUGAUUACAAUUAUGUAUAUAUAUUUUAUAAUAAAUAAUCAUUUAAACUUUU